AUGCCGGAUCAAGAAGAUUUAGGGAUACGUCGAUGGCUUGGGAAGAUUUUACGACUCGAAUUAACGGAUGGACGUAUAAUUGAAGGGAAAUUUGUGUGCACUGAUAACGCACCAAAUAUAAUUCUUAGUGGUUGUAAGGAACAAUGGAAAGAUGAAUUGGAAUCCCGAAUGGUUGGCCUUGUUAUGGCAAAUGGAAAGCAUAUACGAACAAUACAUCUAGUACAUACUACAGCGGAGAAGGGAUAA